CUGAUUUAAAAAGGGGGAAAGAAAAAGAAAAGAAAACAAAACAAAACCUCUGCUUUUUCGCCUUCUUUCUUUCUUCCUUUUAACGCAAAAACAAUUUGAGAUUCCGUACACUUUUAUAGGCUCAAUAAACACCCAAUCCUUUUCUUUUCCAAGGAUCUUCGGCAAUUGUUGUGACUGUUUCUUAAUGUGCACUGCAUAGAAACACACCCAUUUAAAUCUAGGGAAAAAAAAAUUUUGUGCUGCUCUGGGGUGUGCCUUGGCUUUUCCGGGAGUAUAUAUACUGGAUCCGCCCCUGAUUGCAACCCGUAAAUAAUCUCAUGGCGGGCUUAGGUUUGGCUCUGGAUCUUUUGAGAAAAAAUCGAAAUUGGGGUGCUAAGGUUUUCCACUCCCAUGAUAUCUUCUCAGCUAAAGCAGCUGCUAAAGCUGCCGCCACUUCUGCAGCUGCCCUUGCUCCUGUUGCAACUUGGGCCUUUACUAGAAAUGGCGAGUCGCACAUUGCUUACUCCGACGCUGGUGUGACAACAAAUGAAGGUUACGCGGCUGAUUGUAUUUUUGACAAGGGCACGUUUAAUUUAGAAGGGUCUAAAGUGUACAUAAUUGAGGUCAAACCUCUAUUAUCUGCAUUCCAUUGGAAAAAUCUUGCAUUGACAUCAUUGAGGUCUUUUCUAUUAUUCUUUUUGCCUCUCUUGGAACCCCGUGCAAACUUAGAGGAUGAUGAUGAUGAUGACUUCCUUCAGGAUCCUCCUGAAAACCAGCCUGUUGAUCUUGUUGUUCCUCUCAAGAAAUCUUUGAAGCAAAUAAUUCGUGAAACUACUGUCGUAACCACUAGACGCGUGCUGGAAAGACUUGCCUUACAUUAUGUUUCAGAACGGAUGGCCUGGAAACUUCUGAAAGAUACGCCAAGAUCAGCUGCGAGGAAAGCCUUCCGAGGGAUGCCCGCAUAUACUUACAUCUUUGCUGUUAGUAGAACCACUCUUAGAGGACAUUUCCUUGGGACUCUAGCAGCGCUGUUUGUCCAAGUCGGCAUUGAUAUCUACCGUUUCUUUUCCCGUAUAUACAGUUCCGAAGAAGAUACCCUUGACGAAGGUGUUGUAGCAGAACAACUUCAGCUUCUUGGAAGGAAGGUGUAUAUUACCACUCUCAGAUGUGGUGCGUCACUUAUUUUCGCCUCCAUUGGGGCAGGUAUCGGAGCAUAUGUUAUUCACCCAAGAACGGGCCAAUGGAUUGGCUGUGCGCUUGGAGAUCUGGCAGGGCCGCUUGUUUUAUCUGUUUGUUUUGAGAAAUUAUUUCACAUGGAACUCUGAGUAUUUUUCCGCAUCUGAAAUCUGGAUUGGGAAGAUGGGACUCCAUGGGGAUGCUGCCAUAAUAAGUUGCAUGAAAGUCAAACAUCAAAAGAUAUUUUUUGCUCAUGUCAUAUCGAGAUAAAUUCCCUUUAGUCAAUUGGCCUUUUAUUUUUUUUACCUGUAUUAAGAAUUUUGCCUUGAUGGUAGUUGGAAUUAUAUGCAGCUGGUAUAUCUUUAGUAUAUCACUUGUUUUUUCAUACGAGUUCUGUUGCUGGAAUUCUUAUGUAAGAUCAUUUUGGUCCUUUUUAGGUGUUAUUAGAAUGAAUUAGCAUAGAGCUGAUCCUGUCAAACUUUGUGCCGAAACUAUCAAAUGACCAAAAUUUUGAUGGCACCCCCAGCUAAUAUAUCCUUUUCUCAUUUUGACAGAGGCUAAAAUGUGUAGUGAAGUUCAUGACAAAUCUAGAUUUUACACAAUAUCAAAUAUCCUCUCAUUAUUGAAAGAUUCUACCAAGAAUCAGUGAACCUAUUCCCCCACCCCUCUCCAAAAUUACCCGAAAGUCAUGUGUCCCAAAUCAUAACAACAGCAAUUACAGCGAUACCUAACAGAACUGCUAAGAACUUGAAAUGAGGCUUGUCGACUGCUGACAACUUCUGUGGGUUAUACCCUUUUGAAAGCAAAUGAUUAAUCGACACAUAGAUGAACACACCACAGGCUAAACCCAUUGAUAUGGCGUAAAUCCAGUCUGCUACGGUGCCUUGAGUCGUUGCAUCGAUUAUAAUCCCAAUGGCUACGCCAAUGGGACUUGAAAUUGCAAAUGCAAAAGCGUAAGCAGCACAAGAUAACAGUGGACGAUUAGGGAUCAUCCUGAGGAGGGCUAUUCCCAUAGCAAUAGCUGCAAAAAUCUUGUGCAGACAUACUGUCCAUAGUGCUUUCCAAGCAUCGGCUUUAGUCUCUGCAACUCCAAUGGCGAUCCCUUCAAACACGGAAUGGAAACACAAGGCGACGAUUAACAAGAUGCUAUCGCCUAGAGAUGCCGCACUUACAACUGAUGUCGAUCCACUGAAAUGGUGGUCUGAUUUCUCUGCUACCUGUUGGCGAACAAAGUACUUUCGGUUUAACUUUUACAAGUCCAUAUUCUCAUAGCAUAUAUCAUAAUAAUAGACACAACUAAGACUCAAAAUUUAACCUGAAACGCGGAUUCUGAGGCCCCUUCGAUGUUGCUGUCUUUACCAAUACCUGGAGAAAUCGCAAAAAAAGUUCGAAAUCAGGCGCCUUUUGUAGUGGAGCAUAGCAAGUAGAACUGUUAUUCAUAUAUCAUGCAUGCCUAAUAACUUGGUUUAAAAGCAGGUACAAAGAAUUGAUCAUGGCCCUAGCGUAUCGAUUACGUUGAUAAGCAAACUAGAGAAUACAGAGGAAACCCAGUUUUACAGAGGAAUUGUCCUUACAGCUUACAGAAUUCAAAACAUGAAAAGUUCUUACAAAAAUUCACACACCUUUUUAACGAACAAACGAAACGCCAGAAAGCAAACCUUAUCCUCCCUUAAAACGUGGUAAAGUUCCAAUCUUUAAGAUAAAAAACUCCAAAAACACGACUUUAUACACCAAAACAACAAAAACCGCGCCGAUGAAAAGUAAAAUUCAAACCUGAUUCAGAACGAUGGUUGUUGCCGUUUGAAGAAGAAGAAGAAGACCCGUUGCUCUUCUUCCCAUAGAUAUAAAUGAUGAAGCAAUCAGCCAACAUGGUGAGCAAAUAACCAACGCUGGCCAACAUGAAAGCAAAAGGGUAUUCUUUGCUAGUUAAAUCCUGAAAAGUGGAGUUGGAAUCGCUCAAGAAAUGCAUCAAAGCAGUCCCUAGAAACACCCCACCAGCAAACUGUGUCCCCAGCAGCAAAAACCCUUCAUUCCAUUUCAAGAAAUAAGGUGAAAUUCCCCCAACAAACGUCCCAAUGAACACUAAAAUCAAACACCAUAUCUUCACAAGAAUCAGAGAACGCGCUCUGAGAUUAGGCUUAUCAUCCGAACCCGGAGCUGAGUCUCCGUCGUGGUCCCCGUCGCCGCCGCCGUGUGCUGAGGCGGAGACGACGAGCAGCAGCAGCAGGAGGAGGAGGAGGGGGAGAGGAGGAAGAAGCCUGGCCAUAGAAAAUUGGGAGCAUUUUUUUUUUUCAGGAUGGGAUAAAAUUGGAGAAUUUAUAAAUGGGAAAUUAGGGUUUGGCUGUAAAAAUUGAGAAAGGGUUCUUGUCAAUAAUUGUAGUACAGGUUUUUGGGAUAAACAUUGGAGGGAUCGAAGAAGAUGGGAGAGAUGAAUUUGGAAGUACGAUUUUUUUGACAUGCAAAACGUACAACGUACUAUAUUUUGGAAAUUUUCUGUUCUUCUUUUCCUAUAUAUUUGGUGAAGAAUUUUCAACACAACUAAUUAAAAGGAACAGAACAGCAGGCAGCAGCUCAUCCUUUAUGGAAAAAAAUAAAAAUAAAAAUUGAUAACGACCAAAAUCACAAGAAUUCAAUAUAGGAGUACUAUUUAUUAUGGCGUAUAAAAUCAAUGAAUUUGGAUUUUUGAAAGGAAAAUGGAAACAUUUUCAGCAGUAUAUCUCAGCGCAUUAAACUGCACCCAUCCUAAACAUAUUUACUUAAUAUUUUGACCAUAUCAAACAUAAGAAUUAGUUGUCUCGUGUUUUACUUUUAGGUGAGUUAGUUGUCCAUUCCAUUUGAACAUAUGCUAUACUUUUGGAAGCUUUAUUACAAAGAAAGGUAACUAAUAAAGUGAUAUGGCUUUUAUUUUAACGCCCGCCGGGGGAUACACGAAUUCUCAUAUUAGUAUCUUCCGUGUGUAGACGGAAUGCCAUGAUGAUUUUAUAUCACAUAGUGAGAUACAUAAAAUAAUACUUACUACUUAUUAUCAAUGUUCAUAACUUCAUACUCCCUCCGUCCCGUAAUCAUUGUCCAGUUUGAGUUUUCAUUUCUAGUUCAAAUUGUAUUAAAAAAGUGAAAUCUCAAACUGGACAAUGAGGGAAGAUUAUUUCAAUCCAACUUUAACAACACAUGAGUUCA